GUCCGCUAAACAAGUAUUGUUUACAGGAUGGGCAGCAGCAGGAGCCAUCUCGGCCACAAUCCCAGGUAUCAGCGCUCUCGGCCAUGGCCUGCACUGAUGUGCCUUCCAGCCCUAUUCGUGAGCACACUGGCCAGCCUGAAGCCCUGGCACCAUACUGUGGUUCCCUACGAGAACCACCCCAAUCCGGCGUACCGACCCGGCAUAACGUGCCAGCGGGAUUGCCACAUCACACCGUACCGGCUGGGGAGGACGAGCAAGAUGGACCACCUUCCUGUUCACGUGCCGAGGCGGAGCUUCUUAGUGAUCUUGACUUGGAGCUGGGUCGAGUCCAAGCUGCGGUACGCGAUGCGCAGGAAGCCGUGACACUGGCAAUUAGACGCGCUGAAAGUGCUGGUGACAACGACGACUGUGCACAAGCGGCUCUCUGCAUGGUGCAGUCAGACCUCAACGAAGCACGCAUGGCCGUACAGGCACAUCGCGAGUUCAGCAAGGAAACGAGAGAGAUUCUGUCGCCCAUGCCCAUGGUGCCCCCAUCUGUCCCAGCGCCGCAAACGGCGACUGCUCUCGCAAGAAGUAUACAGGUAAGCCCAAUGCUGGUGCUGGUGCUGCGGCUGUUCAUGUUGCCAUACAGAUGCAUCAUUCUCCGUAAAAGCAUUACUGACUGUCUCUGUACUCUCAGUUGUUUCCUCCUUGGCCGAGAUGGUAAUCCGAGGGAAGCCAUCCCAUGUCAGCCAUGCGACUCGAGCUGCCCUGGAUCUAUGGAGGUUUGAGUCAAUAACACGGUGUUGACGAAAUAUGUUUUUCUUCCG